AGUUCGAUUUCGGCAAGCGAACGGUGAGUCCGUGAAAGUUUGUCGCGUGAGCGUUUCUACACGUGGUUCACGUGCUAUAUAAUAUUUGGUUAGGAAGCAGAGGAGUGAAAGACGCCGACGUCGCGACGGCAAUAGUGACUACGAAUUAACGUAGAAAGUGCCGGCAUGUUGGACUGAGUGAAAUAUUUCGAAUUGUGCGCAUGAGAGAAUAGGGAUGUCAAGGGAUUAAAGGGCGACAUAAUGGUUAUUCAUUUUAGAUUAGAAGUUUUGGCAGUGAUUCUGUUGCUACAUUUCGAUUAUGUCUUCAGUGACGAUCUUCUUUCGUUACCUCAAUCAUUCACAGACGUGGGAGAUGGUGGAUCGGAAUUUGAGGUUUACAGCGAAUAUGAUUUACUUGCGGCCAUUUCAAUACCGUUCCCAGAUCCGAAGACCCAAUACAUCGAAGACGACGGUCACGACGGAUUUCCAGCAUUCGGAUUUAGAGCCGGAUCAGACGUAAAAAUCGCCCACAGGCAAAUACUACCAGAGAAACUAAGUUCGGAAUUUUCUAUUUUAAUAAGCGCCAAGCCGAAGAGUAGACGCGGGGCAUUUAUAUUCGCUGUGGUUAAUCCUUACGAUACCGUUGUAGAACUGGGAGUAAGGAUUGCCCCCGAUGGACCAAUAACGUCUAUCGUUAGUCUCUACUACACCGAUUUCAGUCAAAUCAAUUCACACAGCAUAGCAAAUUUUACAGUGCCAAAAUUCUACAACAAAUGGAUGCGUUUCGCUUUCCGCGUCACUCUUGAAAAUGUUACCUUAUAUUUCAAUUGUAACGAAACGGAAACUGUUCUAGUCCAGAGGAAUCCCAUAGAAUUAGUAUUCGAUUCUGCGUCUACUUUGUAUUUAGCACAAGCGGGACCUAAAUUCGGUGAACCAUACGAAGGCGCUAUAGACGAGCUGAAAAUAUUCAGAGACCCGAACAUGGCAGCGCAACAAUGCAAAACAGAUUUCCAGGUAGAAAGAAUGGACUAUGAUGGUUCGUAUCGAGAAGGUAGCGGCAACGAAGAUCUCGGCUUAUUUCCACCACCACCUCCACCUCCAGAUGCUGCAUCUGGAUAUUAUCGAGGAGAGAAAGGAGAUAGGGGACCUAGGGGGCCACCAGGGGAAUCAAUAAGGGGACCUCCAGGCCCACCAGGACCUCCAGGUCUUCCAGGAGCACCAGCGCCCGAGGCUGUGUGCAGUUGUAAUUUAACCUCAAUAAUAAGUACAAUAACAAAAGAAGCUAACAUUCCGUUCACACCGAGUGAAAGUCGAGUGGGUCCACCAGGCUUAACCGGUUUACCAGGAAUACCCGGAGAAGUAGGUCCCAGAGGUCCACCGGGAGAUAAAGGAGAAAGAGGUGAACGAGGAGCUCAAGGACACGAUGGUUUACCUGGUCCUAAAGGAGAACCUGGAAAAGAUGGGUUACCAGGAUUACCCGGACCACCGGGACCUCCUGGUCCAGUGGAAUUUGAAAAUGUAGAUCCGAGCUGGAAACCAAGAGGUCCUUUCAAGGACACUGUUUUGGGAGGAUCGAUGGUGAGGCCAGGAGUACCCGGCCCAAAAGGUGAUCCAGGAAAACCAGGAUCGCCUGGACCAAGAGGUGAAAAAGGACCAUCCGGAUCGAAAGGUUCACAUGGAGAACCUGGCUUGAAAGGAGAACGAGGUGAUCGGGGAAUACCGGGAGAAAAAGGCUCUCCAGGAAAAAAAGGUGAUGAUGGGUCACCCGGUGUGGACGGAAUACCUGGAAUACCUGGCAGGAACGGGGAGAAGGGAGAGAAAGGAGAUAUAGGGUACCCAGGACCUCCAGGAUUACCCGGUCCGUCUGGUAUACAAAUAGCUGCAGGAACAGCUCAAGAUGCUAUUCAACUCAUGCCUGGACCUCCUGGUGCUAAAGGCGAAGUAGGAGAGAGGGGUCCAAAAGGCGAUAAAGGUGAUGCUGGAGAAGCAGGUAUUCCGGGAGUUUCUGGUUUUCCUGGAAAUCCAGGAAUUGAUGGUGAAAAAGGAGAACCUGGAGUUGAUGGUGCUGUUGGGCCUGUUGGUUCACCUGGUUCUAAAGGAGAGAAGGGAGAAAGAGGUGCUCCCGGUUCUAUUUUAAAUGCGGAUGGAACUGAAAGUAUCUUAACAAUCAAGGGUCAAAAAGGAGAAAUGGGAAAAAGGGGAAGGAGAGGGAAGCCUGGGCCAGUAGGUCCUCCAGGUCCACCAGGAAAACUUGGUGAAAUGGGACUGCCCGGAUGGAUGCAGAAUAAUUCAAAAGGUCGACCUGGAAUUCCUGGCGUUCCUGGAGCUAAGGGAGUAAAAGGAGAACCAGGAAACGGGUCGGAAAAAGGACAGAAAGGAGAAGCGGGUGCUCCGGGUAAAGACGGUUUACCAGGCCCUGCAGGUCCCCCCGGACCUCGAUCGUCGGAUGAAACGACAAGGUAUAUUCCAGUGCCUGGACCUCCUGGGCCUCCAGGUCCUCCGGGUCCUGCCGGUAUGCCUGGAUUAUCCAUAACAGGGCCCAAAGGAGAGCCAGGAAGUCCUGCUUAUGGAGAAACAGCUCAUUAUAGCCGACCAGGAACGAAAACCAGCUUCGAAGAACUUAAAGCUCUGAGGGAAUUGAAAGAGCUGAGGGAUUUGAAGCAAGGACGAGCUACCGCUACACCACCUUUACAACAACCCACUGAACAUCAACUUGCAUCAGCUCAUGUGGUUCCAGGUGCUGUAACGUUCCAAAAUAAAACUGCAAUGACCAAAAUGACAACGGCAAGUCCCGUAGGUACUCUAGCAUACGUUAUCGAGGAAGAAGCUUUACUGGUUCGGGUCAAUAAUGGAUGGCAGUACGUAGCGCUGGGAUCACUUCUACCGGUAACGACACCAGCACCCCCAACAACAAGCACUCCCCAGAUUAGACCCCCGUUCGAGGCAAGCAACCUCAUCAAUCACAUAUCUAAACCAGCAGAUGUUUCACAUUGGUAUCCUAAAAUGUUACGUCUCGCGGCAUUAAACGAGGCGUAUACCGGUGACAUCCAUGGGGUAAGAGGUGCCGAUUACGCUUGUUAUCGCGAGGCUAGAAGAGCCGGUCUCCGGGGAACCUUCAGGGCCCUUCUAUCUUCCAGAGUUCAGAACGUAGAUUCCAUAGUUAGACAAGCCGAUCGCAAAUUGCCGGUAUGCAAUCUUAGAGGAGAAGUGCUAUUUAAUUCAUGGGCUGAAAUCUUCAAAGGUGACGGAGGUGCAUUUCCUCAUCCUCCUAGAAUAUAUUCGUUCAGCGGUAAGAACGUUUUGUCUGAUUUUUCGUGGCCAGAAAAAGCAGUAUGGCAUGGAGCUCUUCUCAACGGAGAAAGAGCAUUGGAUACAUCCUGUGACGCCUGGCAUACUUCCUCGAAAGAAAAAGUUGGUUUGGCAGGAAGCCUAAAGGGUCCAAGACUUUUAGAACAAACACCGUACCCUUGCGAUAAAAGACUAAUAUUGCUUUGUAUUGAAGCGACGACUGAGCAGUUUGUGCAAAGGAAGAGGAGGGAUGCUAAUGAAAAUAAAGAUGAUCAGCUCAACGAAGAAGAAUACUACAACCUACUGAAUUCCAUUCAUUGAACGUCAUAUCUUACAGAAAAUCGUUCCAUCCAUACUCAUUAAAUUCAUAUAGACUUUUUGUGUCACGUGUCGUAAGUGUGAGAUCUACUACGUUGUUGUUAAAAAUAUUGUAAAAAGUAUUUUAACUACAGUCACUUUACAUUUUUUUGUGAUUUUAUUAAUGUAUUUACAUAAGUGCUUCUAAGUUGUAUAUAUAUAGUACUUAGAUUAAUUUAAUAUUUUUUUAUUAUUAGAAAUUGAUGUGUAAGAAAUAUUGAUAUCAAAAAAAAUUUGAUCUAAAUAUAACAAACAUCAAGAAAAUCAUCUUGUUCGCAAUUUUCGAUAUGUUUUAAUAAUUAUUUUUGUAACAAUUAUUAUUAACAUGUAAGAAGAUUGACGAGUUACAAUUUCCGUUUAUUCAUACAAUAUGAAACUAAAUUUCAUGAGUGCGUAAUGGGCUUACAACUCUACGCCCAUUCAUAGCAUGCUACAUAAGAAAACGUGCCCUAUUUUUAGAGAAAUUGCAUAAUGGGCAUCACUCUUUCAAUCCUAAAUAUAUCUCGUUAAUGAUGAAAGUUUUUAUGUUUUUUAAUUGACUAAAUUUGUGUAAAUAAACCAAAUAAAGUCUUACGUAAAUAAAAAUUUGAUUUUGAAUUUAAUUAAACCAAAACGCUGACAGUGGGAUUUUUGACGUUUACGGACAUGGGCGUAGAAAAAAUACUUUCUCAAUCUUCCCUGAGUCGGUGGUCUCAUGAAAGGUUGAGCCAA